AUGAGCAGUACGCCCAGAACACUCUCUUCACCAGAAGAGCAACCGACGUUGACACUUGUCGUUCCUAAUUUACCGGGUACAUCGAGCUCUCCUAUCCCACCACCCAUACAGCGCAUCGCUGAAAAGUCAUCCAUGGCCGACGGAACUGUUCCUCUACCGCUAAGAGAAGGAGUACAGAUGACCAAAGUCUCUCCUAGAAAGCAGAAGAGCUACACAUUUAAACUAGAUCCCGAACAAGGUCAAAUCAGAUGGCAAUCCAAGAAACUGCGGAUCAUCCCUAUCGAGAAUAUCAAGGAGCUUCGCUUCUCAUCCGACGCCCGCUAUUAUCGCCAACAAUUUCAACUUGCGCAGGAUUAUGAAGAUAGAUGGAUUACCAUCAUCUACAUUCUCAAUGGUGCCUAUAAAACCCUUCAUCUGAUCGCUUCCACUAAGGAGGUAUUCCGGAUGUGGGACAUCACACUGAGGAAACUCUACGCAAUACGCCAAGAACUUAUGACGGGUCUUGGGAAUGAAGAGAUCAGGCAUGCGAUCUGGGAGAAGCAGUACUGGACGGCAUCGGAUGAGUCGAGUGACCAAAAGUUGCACUUUGAUGAAGUGGAGAAGCUCUGCAGACGCUUAAACGUCAACACUUCGACAGAGGAAUUGAUGCGGCUGUUCAAGCAAGCAGACACAAAGGGCCAGGGAUUCCUUAACUUCUCUGACUUUCAGUGCUUCGUCAAAUUGCUUAAGGCGCGCCCAGAUAUCACCCUUUUAUACAAGAAACUAUGUCCCAAGGAUGGCAGGGCACUCGAUUUUAGCGUCUUUGAGCAUUUCAUGCGGGAUACCCAGAAGUCUACACUGUCCCAACCUGAGCUUUUGGAACUGUUUACCCGUUACGCCAAAAAACUGGAUGGUGAGACUCUGUCAUUAGCCGUCAGCCCACAACACUCUCCUCCCCUGUCCAAUGGAUCUGCAUCCCCUCCCGCAAGACUGCUCUCCCCUCCACUGACUACUUCUCCCCCGUCCGCUGCAUUCUCACCACUCCUCACCGCCUCAUCACCUCCCAUCGACGCAUCAGUGGCCUACAUAGAUCACAAACUUUCCGUCUUUGCUCAGUCCCCCAUGUCGCUCGAUGGAUUCACCUCAUUCCUUCUGUCUUCUGACAAUCCGGCCUUCACAGAGCAGCAAGGCAAAGUAUGGCAUGAUAUGACGCGUCCACUUUCAGAGUACCUCAUCUCUUCCUCGCACAAUACAUAUCUUACCGGCCACCAACUCGUUGGAUCUAGCACAAUCGAGGGCUACAUCCGGGCACUUCUCCACAGUUGCCGUAGUGUUGAGAUUGACGUGUACGAUGGCGAUACUGAGCCGAUGGUAUUUCAUGGAAAAACGUUCACUUCUAAAGUUCCAGUGAGAGAAGUGUGCGAAGCGAUCGCAAAGUACGCUUUCGUUACAUCUCCGUACCCCGUCAUCAUAUCUGCGGAAAUCCACUGCUCGGUGCCGCAGCAGGAGAUGAUGGUGGAGGUCAUGCGCGACGUAUUCCAAGAUGUGCUUGUCAGUGCACCUGUGGAAGGACGCCCAACGUUAGAAGUUCUCCCAAGCCCGGAGCACUUGAAAGGGAAGGUGCUGUUGAAGGCAAAGAACCUCUACGUCUCAGAGAACGAACCCAUCCGUACGAAAGAAAUCAGCGUCGACGCAGAAUCUUCUUCUACGGAAACAUCCACAGACUCAGAUGUCGUUCAAGACAUCAGGGACGAACGGAUAAAGCCAAGAUUUGAAAUGGACGCUAUUAAUGGUGAGAUACGCGACGAAUUCCGGAAGGCUCGCAGUCUCUUCGAUCGUGUUCGCGCUGGACAUUCCCGCAAUACGCCUGGCGUGGCUGCUGCUCUUGCUGUGCCGACUGCGACCUCUUUAGCGAUAUCUGAGCCUGCUCGAUCGGAUUCUCGCGGUGUCAGCAAAGUGAAGAUGUCAGCUGCUGUUGCAAACCUCCUUGUAUACACCGUUGGUGUGAAGUGCCGAGGCAUUAAUAAGAAAGAGCACUACGCACCGGAACAUAUGUUCUCUCUCUCAGAGAAGACGGCCAACAAGGUGAUCAAAGAAGGGAUGGUGGAUCUUAUCAAGCACAAUCGGACGCAUAUGGUUCGAAUAUAUCCAAAGGGCUUGAGGGUGAACUCGUCCAACUACUUGCCCCAUCGUUAUUGGGCGGCUGGCGCGCAGCUGGUGGCUAUCAACUGGCAGACGUUUGAUCUGGGCUACAUGAUCAACCAUGCCAUGUUCCAGCGCAAUGGGCGAGCGGGCUACGUCUUGAAGCCCCUGGCUCUACGUACGCAUGACAAGGAAUUGUUAUCCCGGCAUACACAACAUUCGCUUGACAUAAAGGUCAUCUCCGCUCAACAGCUUCCUCGCCCGAAAGAUUCCCUUGGGCAUGAGAUCAUGGAUAAGUCCAUGGUGGACCCAUACGUCGAAGCCUCUAUCCACGUUCCCGAUUGGGGUUACGCCACACAUUCCCAAUCAUCACCUGCUUCUGCCACCCCUUCACCCUCCUCCUCUGGCUCUACUGGCCGGCUGUUGUCUCGACGCACCAACUCGGUGAAGAACAAUGGCUUCAACCCUAUCUGGCAAGAAACACUGAGCCUUCCGUUUGACUGUGUUGGGGACAUGUUUGAUUUGAUCUUUGUGCGCUUUGCGGUGCGCAGGGAUGGCGACAGUGACGAAGAGCCGAUUGCGGUGUAUUGCGCCAGCCUUGGAAGUUUGGCGAUGGGCUAUCGACAUCUCCCCCUGCACGACACACAACUUUCCCAGUAUCUCUUUUCUACUCUUUUCGUAAGAUGUGCUAUCAACUGA